UUUGGGCACUGCAUCUAUGGAAAUGUGCCUCAUGUAAAUUCAUUUACAACCAUUACAUUUCGUUUAACGAAUGUUCAAAGGAAAAACUGCCUGGCACUGUAGCAAAACAUGAGCACAACACAGCUUUUCUCAAAUGUCACCUCGUUAUUUACCCAUCCACCGAUCCAGCUGACAUUUAGAUACAAACCCUCAUUCCCGCUCACAAUCGCAUCUACAGACGAGAGUCUCCAAGCGAGGCUGCGUGGCUUUGGACCAUGGGAGGAAGCUACUGUACUCCUCGGGCAGAACAUGCUAAGCCCACACAGAAAGGCCCUGGCCGGCCAUCAAGUUUAAACUGAGAACCUUCCUGCUACAGCCACUGCGCUAACAGCCGCACCACAAUUUAUUGCUGUUCUUGUCAGCGAGUUUUGUCGUUGCCAGGAACUUUCAAUAUCUCAGAAUUGGGAAUGUUGUUUGUCCCUCGUAAUUUUGGUUUACCCAGCACGUGAACGUGGCAUAAGGAUUUGGGUAUAAUGUUUGUACCAUGCUCACUGUCUUAGUUUAACAUGUUCGCGUGCUAAAAUGCGCACAUGUUAGCGUGCUAAAAUGCGCACAUGUUAGCAUGCUAAUUAGCACAUGUUAGCAUGCUAACAUGUGCUAAUUAGCAUGGGCGACGCCAGGAUUUGUUUCCUUGCUGUUGCUUUGUAGUUGCUAUAUGACAGCAUGGAGUAGCUAGUUCCUUUUCAUCCCCGCCCCCCUUUUAAUCACAACGGCAAAUUGCAGCAACAAUGUCUGCACCAAACACAUUACUGCACAUUACAUACAGACCUUUGAAUACAUGUAUUUAUUUAUUUUUUAAGUAGCCUGCUUUAUUUCCCUGUCGCUUACCAAUGUUUGGAUGCCGCGUUGUGCCUGGAGUUGCACCGCGGAGGACCUGGCUAUCGAAGGGGGGGACGCCGGCCAGGGUUCCACCCAAUGAUCGGGCCCGUGUGGGCCAUGUACGUGCUGUGGUGGCACUGCCCGCUGAGGCGCCGGGUGCCUCAGUGCGCGCUCGCGCUUGGGGAAGACUUUAAGCGGGUUGCGGGGCUGCGGCCCCCCCGGAGCACAGAGGCGGGGCCGGUGGACAAGGUGAAACGCGGAGACACCGAGGGGAGUGGUUGUACGAGGGCACCGGGUCCGCGCCCGGCAGCGCCCAGGCAGAGUGGCUCGACACACCGGGCGACUGACAGGCGACACCAAGCCCAUUAUUACCCCCACUGACCACGACCACCUCGUCAUCGAUCUCAACCAACCGUUCGAACUGCUUUGCCGGGGUGAGAAGGAGAUCCAGUGGGUGCGGGAGGACCGGCCGAAUGUGAAGCUGCGGGGAGAGAAGAGGACCAGCGGGAUGUCCACGGUACACAUCACCAGGGCUCAGCCUAGUCACAUGGGUCGCUUCAUCUGCCUGGAGAAGAGCUCUGGGGAGCAGUCCUCCAUCUACAUCUAUGUCAGAGAUCUUGACAAUCCCUUCAGAAAAUCAAUGGUGUUCAACAUUCUCACUCGUGUGGGAGAUGUUGCUACCAUCCCCUGCCUGGCAACUGAUCCAAGUUUGGACAACCUGCGCCUGGAAACAUGCUCCAGCAGUGCUCUGGCCUCUGGUCUCCAGUAUUCUGCAAGCCUGGAGCAAGGCAUCGUCAUCCAAAACACGCAAAAGGCCUAUGAAGGUUGCUAUGUGUGCACAGGAAAGCUCAGGGAAAGGUACAUCAGAUCACAUGACUACUACCUGACAGUGAGACCAGUCCCCAUAGCUCCACCUGUGAUUGACAUGCAGGCCCCCAAAAGAGUGAUUCUAACCAGGGAGGAGAGUCUCUCGCUCACCUGCAACACCACCAACGUCAAUGGAGAAAUCAAGCUGCAGUGGGCGACCCCACCUGGCUCGGGUGCCGUCUGGUAUCCACAGCAACCAGCAAAGGUUGACGGUGCUUCACGUAUCCUGACGGAGCACUUCACUCAUGUGCGCAGCUCCACGUUGCACAUCGCAGCGGUCAGGCCACAAGACGCUGGGAGGUACCGAUGUGAAGCUGAGAACGAGAAGGGGGUCAGCACGCAGUCGGUGUGGCUCGAUGUUUAUGACAAAGGAUUUAUCAACCUAACACCUACAAACAACAGAACCAUCCGCGUGCGCUCAGGUGAGAGUUUGUCGCUAAAUGUUGACAUGGAGGCUUAUCCAAGACCACACACCUUCUCCUGGAGCUUCAUGGGCCACAGGCUGAGGAACACCACCGACCAUGUCAUCACAACACACAGCCACGAAUACAGGUACGCCAGUGAGCUGCGGCUGGUGCGGAUGAAAAUGUCAGAAGGGGGAGUUUACACCUUCCACGCCUCCAACAGUGACGCAUCAGUAAAUCAAACGUUCACCAUCUUCGUGAUCAGUAAACCCGAAAUCGUAUCUCACGAUGGCCCAGUGGAUGGACAAGUUCGCUGUGUCGCAGAGGGGUUCCCUGCCCCGCAGAUCACCUGGUACUACUGUGAGCAGCCGUAUAUCAGGUGCUCCCAACAGAGGAAUGGCACCCAGGAGGAGCACAAUGUUAUCACCGUCACACUGUCCAGCCCCAUAUUUGGGAAGACGGAGGUGGAGAGUCGGGUGAACAUCAGCAGGGGACGGUUCAAUACUCUGGAAUGCGUGGCAACGGUGGACGGGGAGCAGGCCUUCACACUCUUCUCUAUCAGUGAGAGAACCGUUCCCCAUGGUCUCUUCACCCCGCUGCUAAUUGGCUCUGUAUCAGCAGCAGGCAUCCUUUGUCUCGUCCUGAUCAUGCUCUUCUACAAGUACAUGCAGAAACCCAAAUACCAGAUUCAGUGGAAAGUUAUCGAGGGCAUCCAUGGAAACAACUACGUGUACAUUGACCCGACCCAACUCCCGUACGAUCAUCAGUGGGAGUUUCCUCGGAACAACUUGCGGUUCGGGAAGACGCUCGGUUCUGGCGCAUUUGGCAAAGUGGUGGAAGCCACUGCAUAUGGACUCUCCGAAGGAGAUUCAGUCAUGACCGUGGCUGUGAAAAUGCUCAAAUCGAGUGCACAUGCCACGGAGAAAGAGGCGCUGAUGUCAGAGCUGAAAGUCCUCAGUUACUUGGGAAACCACAUGAAUAUUGUCAACCUGCUGGGAGCCUGCACGGUCGGAGGCCCAACACUUGUUAUAACCGAGUACUGCUGCUUCGGAGACCUUCUCAACUUCCUGCGCAGGAAGAGAGAAUGCUUCAUUUGCUAUAAGAUGGAGGAAGACUGCUACUACCGCAACAUUGUGCCCCAACGAGACGGAGUCGGAGACAGCUUGAGCGGCUACAUGACCAUGAGGCCUUCUGCUGCUGGCAACCAUUCUUUCAGUUCGUCACCUGAGAAGAGACGCUCACUACGCAAAGGUGGCUCCUACGCUGAAACAGAUGAAGAGAGUGAGAUGUUUGAUGAGGACGGUCUGUCUCUGGACACCGAAGACCUCCUCAGCUUCUCCUACCAAGUGGCCAAAGGCAUGGAGUUCUUAGCCUCCAAAAAUUGUAUCCACAGAGACCUGGCAGCCAGAAACAUCCUGCUGACUCAAGGCAGAGUGGCAAAGAUCUGUGAUUUCGGCCUGGCCCGGGACAUCACCACCGACUCCAACUAUGUGGUCAAAGGAAAUGCCCGUCUGCCAGUGAAAUGGAUGUCUCCAGAAAGUAUCUUUGAGUGUGUAUACACGUUUGAAAGUGACGUGUGGUCCUACGGCAUCCUGCUCUGGGAAAUCUUCUCAUUAGGAAACAGUCCUUAUCCUGGUAUGCCUGUGGAUGCCAAGUUCUACAAACUGAUAAAAGAAGGAUACAGAAUGGAUGCUCCGGAGUUUGCGCCCAAUGAAAUGUAUCAGAUUAUGAGGUCCUGCUGGGACGCUGACCCCUUCAACAGACCCCCCUUCAGGAAGGUUGUGGAAAGGAUUGAGCAGCAGCUGUCGGAUGCCACUAAACAUAUUUAUCUGAACUUCAGCUUCAGGCUCCCUGUGACGCCCAGAGCCGGGGAGGAGCCCAGCUCUCAGAGCGCUGCGUUUCACAGACUCGACUCCACAGGCACCAACAGCGCUGCGACCCAGCCCUUACUGGUCCAGCACGAGGUCUUCCUGGAGGGCACAACCCACGCUGCCCAACGGGUGUAGGCACCCGCCUGACCUGUCUGGCUGCCUCAAUAAGUGCCUGAAAUGCUCCGCCGCUCGCCGCCCAACCACUCCGCCCGCCUACUGCCCCGGUACCAGCAGCGCCUGUCAGGUGCUGCAGACAGAGUGGCACGAGUCACCUGUGACAAGGAAGAGCGACUAAGGACAAACGGCUUUUAUCACUGUCACUGCCACCGAUUAUAGGAAUUACAGUUGGACUAAUGCUCCUCUAUUCACAGCAGAGAACUGUCAAGGUACCAGGGGAGGGACACAAGCCGUUACUGUAAAACUGUCACAAGGUUCAUUAUUACUCUGUUAUCUGUUUUGUUAUUUUCACUUACAUUUUUUCCUACACAUUUCAUAAACAUUUUUUUGUUGUUGUUUUUGUUUUUUUGGCUCUUUGUUUUGAACACUUUCUCUCUAGCUAUUUGAGGUUUGCUUUGUUUUAAUUACAUAUUUUCCUUUUCUUUGUUGUUAUUCUGUCAUGGAAAUGUAUGUGACACUUUAAUUUUUUGGUUGGCUGUUGCAAUUGUUGGAGGGAAAAAAAAAAGAGGCACUUCAGGCAUUUGAACUUCUCAUCAUUCCACACAUAGGCCGUAAUGCAGCUUUUUGUUUUUGUCUCUCCCCCCCCCCCCCUCUUUUUACUCCUUUAUUGACAGUAUUAUGUCCAACUGUUCAGAUCUACGUCUACUGGAAAGAGAUACAUUUCGGGGGCCAAUUUGAACUGCGGUAUUGUGACACUGGUAAAUAAGCUAUUAGACAGCAUGGUUGGCCAUGCUUAGACUCCGUAAGUGCUUCGUGUCUUCUAGGAGAUUCACGUCUGCUCUUUUUAGUUUGUGUCACUAUAGUUAUAGAGCGAAAAACCAUCUUUGCUGGAUCUGAUUAACACAUAGAUCAUCCCGCGAUUACUCUGCACACAAGUUGUCUUCACAGGUGUGGUAUGAACAUGGUACGCUAGCUUUCCGUUUAUGUGCUCGUGGACUGCACAAGUGUAAAUAUGUGAAGGUGAUGAUAUAAAGUUAUUGCCAUACGUUACAUGAUGAGAUGGAAAGAGUGUGACAGAGGAGACGCUGUGUGCGGCCCGUAGCUGACAGCCGGACCGCUGUAAAGUGGUCACUGGUUUCCCCUCCCGCCAGAUCCAGUGCAUGACCUUUGUUUACAAGCACGAGACAGGUACUGUCAUUCCUGCGGUGUGUCCUCUCUUUGCUUUUCACUUCCUUCCACUUCACCAAGGACCAGCAGAAGGGGAGCGCCUCUGGUUUUGGCUGACAGACAGUCGGAUGGUCUAUGUCGUGGUCAAACGAAGUCAGCAAUGGCACUCGUGUGAAAUGCCAUGAAGCGGGACAGCGGCGUUCCCUGAGGGGACAAACCAGGGGAAGACGGGAGGUUCUCCGGGCCCUCUGCUGAGACGUCAACACGCGGGUGCAGAGCUCGGUGUCGGCCAUCUCAUUGUUCCCCAGUUCGCUUCAGCCGUCCCUUCUCUUCUUUGUGUCGAGCUUUUUCCUCCAUCACAAGUGGGACUUGGCAAGUAGUCUGUAUCAGUCCAGACCAUUUUGAUUCCCCUCUUCCCACUGGUGGAUGUUGUCGUGAGGAGCGUAAGGAAAGGGUCCUGUGUGUGCGUCUGAACUUGUGUGCGAGACUGCACGUCUCCUUGUGUUUGGGUGCGUGUCUGUAUGUCUGCCGAAUUGAAAUAUUUACUGUUAAGAGGUGCCACUAUAAAAUAUUCAUCGAGUCCUUUAGGCUAUUUAAACCCCCGCAUUCUUACCGAUCUCUCUUUGUGUAAAUAUAAAUGUGCGUACAUUGUAAUGUAAUGUUGAUGCUUUUGAAGACGUCUCUCUGAAUGAAGAUGUGGUACAUUGUUGCAGAGAUUUAUUGUGAUAUUUUUUUUCUUUCUGAAGUGUGAAAAGACUUUUCCGACCGUAGAUUCAACUAGAGGAGCUGCUUGUUCCUCUGUCACCAUGGAAACUUAAACAGACGAAAGUCACUUUGGCUAAUGUGUUAAUGUAGGCUACUUCAUCAUUUCAAACACUUCACUUGGAUGCUUCCACGGCGAUACUGCUCUUUAUGGUCAUGUCUGAUCAUCAUUAUUCAUGGACAAUAUCAUGAAAAACUGAAAUCACAAACCGUAACUAGGAUGAGCUGUCUGGGUAAAACAGGUUCUUCUACAUCUCGUUGCUCCCCUCACACCGAAGGUUUUCCUGCAUUUUGCUGCAUAUUUAUUAAAGGAUUUAGUCUUACCGCGUAAAUUUGAAGUGAUGCUAUGACAUGUGUCAAUGUAAAUAAAAUUGUGUAUAUUGGAUUCCCA